AUGGAGGAAAAUGUUACUAAUGGACAUGACGUUGUGGUGUACAAGAGGAGAGACAAGUUGAAAUGUUCCUGCUCGAUGGAUGUUGUCAACACAGAACCGAAAGGAUCUCACUGGACAGAAACAGAAUUGCAGCAGUUGAUGGGGCAGCCCAUGCAAGAGAAACAGAAAAAGGAGAACCAGGUCUUCAUGCCUGCCCCGGCCUAUUCCAGCUCUUCAACCAUGCAGGCUUCGCAGACCUCUGCUGCACCAGUCACAAACAACACCAUUUUUGCGCCACUGCGGCACGGGAAGGAGGAACAGGCCCAUGGGCCAGAGGGUGAAGCACCUCAGUACGAUAUCACACUUAUGGAAGAGAAGCUUCAGCCAAUAGAACAGCAGCUUCAAUACCUGCUGAAGAAGGCAGAGGAAUUCCAGACCCACCUGGUGUACAGCAGAGAUCGAAUUCACAACGAGGAGUUUGCAAGAGCCGUGCCAAUCUUUGUGAAGACGUGCCAGCCAUACUUUGCCUACCUGGAAUCUACAGCACGCAGUAUUCACUCUGACAGGAAGCCUCUUCCCGAGUAUAUCCAGAAACGGCUUUUGCAGUUCUCCCAGCAGCUGGCUUCAAGUCUAGAGCAGCUGGUCCUCAUGUAUGCAUCCUUUGGCUUCAUCUCGCUGGAGGAGACAGAUCCCUGCAGUAUUUGCUACUUCUACAGAGGAGAGUUCCGUUUGGGGCACUGGUUUAGAGUUUCUACUUUUCGAUACUGCAUGCCCGUACCUUACACAGCAGCAAAGGAGCCAAGCAUGCUGUUCAAGAAAAUUCGGUGGAACGUGGACCUCACUGAAGGAGCAUCCUAUGGCGAUGGGACAGAUUUGUGUACAGAAUAUUACUUCCUGUGUUUCAAGGAGGCUAAUCAAGUGAUGGACAAUAGCCAGCCCAGUUCCAAAAAUACAACUGCCAAAAGCAGGCGCCUGUGGUCUAUUGGUCGCUGGAUUCAGGUAGAACCAUCUCCAAGGGAACCAGAUCUCCUUUGCUGGUUUCUAUACAAGCAGCCUCGAGGUGACUACGAGCUCCUUGUCACUAUUGGGUUUGAGGAACCGUCGCAGAUUGCUGCUACAGAUCUCCUCGUGGACAUCCUUUUGAGUCAGAGAUCAGCUGACCUUGCAGGAACUUGCCCCCCCAAACUGAAACAGUCCUCUUACUUAGAGAUCCAGAGUCACACGGACCUCCCAACAUCUAACUGCCAGGUGGUUCCAACUGGACUCAAUUCAGAGUCCUUUACCAGUUAA